CGGCUACUUUACGAAGAAGAAGCUAGCAUAUUUAGGUAGAAUAAGCAUUUGCUUUGAGUUUUGUCUGCAAUUUAUAAAAAUGUAUAAGCUGUAAGUUUGUUGCAAACAUCAUAGAGUUUUGUUUGAAAUCACUCACGCGGAUUCUUGAAGGCAUACAAAAUGUCUUUACAAAACGUAAAUCUAGUCACACAACAACCGGAAAAUCGUACUACAGCCGAAAAUGAUUUCUACGGCAAGGCACAAAAAUAUUGGUCCGAGGUUCCAGCCACAGUGAACGGCAUGCUUGGCGGUUUGGGAUAUCUAAACAAAAUUGAUAUUCAAGGCUCCAGUAUUUUUCUAAAGGAUAUAAAAGAUCUGGGUAAAAACCAUGCUCUGGAUUGCGGCGCUGGUAUUGGUCGUAUAACGAAAAAUCUGCUUAUGCCACGUUUUAAUACUACAGACAUCGUGGAACAAGAUGCAAGCUUUACAGGGAGAGCCCGCGAAUAUUGUACAGAAGGCAAUGAACAUGUUGGUAGUCUUGGCGAAAUAUAUACCAUGGGUUUACAAGAAUUCACGCCUAGUCCGGGCAAAUACGAUGUGAUAUGGUGUCAAUGGGUGCUGGGACACCUUACCGAAAAUGACCUUCUCAGUUUCUUCCGGCGUAUGCGGAAUGGCUUAUCAAACAAAGGAUAUUUGAUAGUCAAGGAAAACGUUACAUCGUCUAGUGUGGUCGAAGAAGAUAAACAAGACUCUUCAGUCACGCGUCCACUGAAAACAUAUGAGGCUGCUAUUAAAGAAGCUGGUUUCCGGAUUGUGAAAAGCGUGCGCCAGCAGAGCUUCCCCAAGGGAUUAUAUCCGGUUUAUAUGCUAGCAUGCCGCCCGACGCAAUAAAAUAUUCUCCCGAAAAUUAACGUAAUAAUUUAGUUGAACGUAAAUAAAAGUAUAUAUAUAAAUAAAGUAUAUAAUUUUAUUUACAUACAUUAAUGAUCAAACGCACAAAAGGUGUUUUAAUCAAAUUUUUAGAUAACUUAUAAUGUAAAUAUGAGUUUUAUAAUAAAUACUAUAAUAAAAAUAAAAUGUAUCAUUUAAAUUUAA